UUAUUUUAUUAGUUUAUUUUUUCUCGCGCAUGUGAAGUUUACAUCAUCUCAAACAACAACUUUCCCCCCAAGUACCGACUUCACUACGACGGAAAAUUCUAAUACUUUUGCCACAACUUUUCCGAGUGUAGCGUCAUUUGCAACUGAAGAUGAGAGUACCACUUUGACAGCAGCAGACUCAGCACUUCCUACUUCAACUGUUACGAACGAAAACAAUUUAAACGAUGCCACAACUGAGCAGCCAGCUUUUGGAAGAUUUGAAUCUCAGAGAAGUCGGCCAUCUGCAAAUCAGGAAAUUGAGCAGCCUCAAGAUUCGACAAAUGGCAACAAUGGGCAGAGUGAGGAAAAAAAUAUCGCAUGGAAAUUCACUCGUGGUGGCAACAGUCAAGAUAUCUGGUCGCGUCCAUCCCAAACUAAUGGGUAUCCUCAAUGGCAAAAGGAAGUAUCACAACCAGCGCCUGUUCAAAAUCCACAGCCUGUUCAAAAUGCUGCAGGGGAAGCUAACAAAAAUAACGAACAACAGUAUGUUGUUUGGAAACCGGGGCAAAAUAACCCACCACCUGGUUGGACCAUAGAAGGUAUCCCUGAAGGCUGGAUAAAUGCAGCUCCUGAAGGUGGAAAUUGGGGUCCUCCUGACUCUUCACAAGGCGGAAUUAAUUCUGGUGGGUGGAAUGCUGCUCAAUGGACGAAUGGCCAAUCGUCUGUAAACGAAGAUUCUCAAGCCGAGUAUCAAGAAGAUGAGAAUUCCUCAAAUGAUAACGAAGCUUCUGGGUGGAAUAAUGCAGCUAAUGGUGGAUGGGUGGGUCCAGUAAAUGAUGCGGGUGGCUGGACAAAUCCAGUCGCUCAACAAGAAAACGGAAAUAUCCCUCCUUCAACUGGGUGGGCUCCUCAAAAUACUAAUGCUCCUGUUCAAAACGGGGCAUCUCCACAAAAUUCAAAUGCACCUGUACAAAAUGGAUGGGCAGCACCAAAUCAAAAUCCUGUUCCUCAAAAUGGAUGGCCGGCUCCAAACCAGAACCCUGUUCCUCCAAACGGUUGGGCAACAGUAGUUUCAAAUAAUCCUCCCCCUAAUAGUUGGCCUUCUCAAGCUGUAAACGUUCCUACUCAAAAUGGGUGGGCUCCUCCCGCUGCAAAUGCUCAACCUCAAAAUGGUUGGAUACCUCCAGCACCUAAUCCUCAAGCACAAAAUGGAUGGCCUCCUGGGUCCGGCGCUCCUCCCUCAAACCAAUGGAAGACUCAAACAAACGCUCCAAAUGCAUGGAAACAAGCACAACCUGCAAAUGCUGGGGCUGGUUGGACUCAAUCUCAACAACCAGGUAAUGUAUGGCAAACACCACCUCAACAAGCAGGUCCUGCACCUCAAACACCCAAAGUACAACCUAAUACUAAUGUACAAUGGAAUCAAAAUGCAGGAAAUAGUUGGACUGGACCUCAAACUGCUGCAAAACCAAAUGGAAACUCUGGAACAUGGAAUUCAAUUCCAAGCGGAGCAACUACUCCGUGGAAUAACGGACAGGCGAAUGUUGAAGCCUGGAACAAUGGAGGAUCCUCCCCUGGUAUACCAGACCCAUCUCUCUCAUGGAAGGUUUAUAAUGAAGACACUCAAACUAUGGAAAAUUUAGAUGAUAAUUUGGGAUGGAAAGUUGUAGGUGAUGGGGGAUCAAAUGGUUGGAAACUGGUAGAUGAAAAUGGAAAUGUUGAAUGGAAAAUUGAAAAUAUUAAUGGCGAAUGGAAAGUUACAAGUGCUGAUGAAGUUCCUAAACAAACAAACGUUACUUCAAACAAUACAGAAGUUUCAAAUUCGACAACUUCUGCAAAUGCUACAGCUGAAUCAUCGUCUACUACACCAUCACCAGCUGGGGGUUGGGAUGAUGCUAAACAAGGCCGGUACAUUGUUUGGAAAUUCUCAGAGGAUGGCAAAGGAGAAGCUCGAGUUUACAAUGGUGGAAAUUCAGAUCCUGAUGUGUGGACCAUUGGCGACAAUAAUCAAUAUUGGAAAGAAGCAGUCGCUGCAAAUGGAGCAAAUAAUGCAGGACCUUGGCCAACAAAUACUAAGUCGGCUGGAACUUCUGGAAGCAGCAGUCAAAAUAACAAAAAUGGAAGUUGGAACUCGGGUAGAAGUCGACAAAAUCCAAAUAAGUCUCGUUCGGGGAAAGGUGGUGCUAACGGUAAUACGCAGCAAAACAACAAAUGGAAAAACCAAAUAAGUGGCGGAACCUCUCAACCUAACAACGGAGGCUGGCAAACGGGUAACAUUGCAUCACCAAAACAGCAGCAAGGAAACAGUGUCGUUCCUCAAACUGGAACAGCAUCAGUUGGGUGGCAAAAUGGAAAUAAUGGUCCUCAAACUGGAAAUCCUCAAUGGCAAUCAAAUGCUCCACCAGCAACAGCCCACACAACUACUUGGAACAACAGAGGUUCAACUCAACAAGGAGUAGUAAGUUGGCAAAAUCAACAGCCAGUAGGUGACUGGAGUGUAGGACAGAAUCAAAACGCAGCACAAGCUGGUUGGCAACAAGGAGGAACUUCUGUAGCAGGUGCAGGGAAGAGUAACGUUUCAAAUGAUCAAAGAAGUAGGGCAAGGGGUAGGUCAAAGAACCGUGUACGAGGUGGUACUUCAAAAACUUGGAAACCAAGCAGCAAUAACAAUCAAAAUGCUGGUGUCUCUACUGGAACGACAUGGAGUAACGCUAACGGAGGAAAUCCAAAUACACAACCUUCCCCAAAUCCUUGGAAUACUCAGGCUCAAGGGGGCAUUGUGAAUGCGGGGAACGGAUUAUUAAGUGGAUGGCCAAUUAAUAACAAUGGAGGACAAAAUGUGCCAUAUAUUAUAAUUAUUAAAACACCUCAAGUCAUUACAUCACCUGGCGAUAAUUCAAACCCAUGGGCAUCACAAGGGAAUAACAAGCAGAAGAGUUCCCGAAUUGGAGCAAGUAAGCCUCAAGCAAAUCGUCGUGAAAACGGAAGUUGGGAAAUGAACAGAGCUGGAAGUAGUGGCUGGCAAUGGAAUCCUCAAGGAAAUAGAGAUGGCUGGAAAUGGAAUGAAGGGUGGAUGGGAUCAGGUGGUGGAUUCGGUGGGUGGGUAAAAGAUGGAAAUUCAAUGUACACUAGCUGGAAACCAACGAAAAACAAUGGCAAUUCUGGGUCUUCUCAAAGACCAGCCAAUAAGAGAGUGGGUGCAAACGGAAGCAAGAAAAACGGUAGUAAAAUGGUGUUUGUUUUUGGUUCAAAGAAAGGGUCUAAAGGAAAUAAAAAUCAACCAACUUCUGGGCGAUCAGGGAAAGGUAAACAGGUUAUAAUUAUAGACUACACAACAGGCAAGAAAGUCCCAAAAACUGAUGAAAAUAUGAAGAAGGAUAUCGAAACAGUAAUUCAAGCUCUUAAGUCUGCAAGACCGACUGGCCUAAAAGGAAGCGCUUCGGUAGAUACUAAAUCUAGUACUCAAAACUAACAGCAAUGGUCGUCAUGAACAUACCGAAUUAUUUAUUCAUUUACGAAGGUAUUCUUGACCUGUAUAGCUUUUCCAAAUGGUAUACGGAACAUUGAAAAAUUUUCCCUCUCUAGGAGUUUUCAUUUUCAUUGGGAUUUGCCCUACAUGUAAAAAUCAUUUACAAUUUUUCAUUGGUAGUUUGCUUCAUAUUAAUUCUCAUUAAAUACUUUCCUUCAUCAUGGCUUCAUGUUCUGAUUGCAAGAUCAUUUUAUUGGUGACGAGUACUAAUAUUGCUUACCUUGUUGAAGAUAAGUUUAAAAGAAUUAUUCGUUUAGAAAUAUGCUUAAUGUGUAUAUCUCUAAGUAAAGCCAUCUAUCUGGUUUACUAGCUGAUUACAAAACAGUAAACGUCUAUCAGAUGUAUGGAAGCAGUACUCAGAACGCAACAACAAUUUCUACUAUUUUUGUAUUUUAAUUAUGUAAAUAAAGCAUUUUUACAAGG